GUAGUGGGAGAAGUGACUGAAGUUUUGAAGAUCAGAAGAGAGAUGGUGGGUUCAAGGCCACCGAUAUGUGUCAACAGGUGCUUGAGUUGCAGGCCAUGCAUGGCCACUCUGGUGAUUCAUCCUCCAGCAGUAGGAGGUGGAGGAGCAGAAGAUGUUGGGGCUUCAAGCCAUGAGGGAAGUGAUAGCUACUACCUCCUCACUUGGAAGUGCAAAUGUGGCAACAAGCUUUUUCAACCUUGAUUAAAUAAAUCAAACUCUGUAAUUUUCCUCACGUACUAAGUUAAGUGACAUCUAUAGUACGUUCAUAUGAAUGUUCAUCAAUUCACUUGUACAGAAUCUAGCUAAAGAGCAUCGAAAAUGGACAGGUUCCAUCUGCUCUUUUCCUGUAAUUGCAGUGAUGGAUGUGAUCUGGUCCUUUCAAGGGAAGAUUUGUGGUUUCACAUGGCUGUCUCUUACGUUUUGAGUUCUGGGUCAU